AUGUCCACCGCCGCCGGCGCCAAGCAACAGUCGUUCACCGAUUCAGAUUCCGAUUCAGACCACUCGCAGUCCGGCGAAUCCAACUCCGCCCGCCGCCACACCGACCUCUCCAAUUCCAUCUUCAAAUCCUACUUCGACCUCACCGCAACCACCACCUCCGCCUCGCCGUCCCCGCACGACCUCUCCAAAAUCCAGUCGUUCCUCAACUCAUCCUCGUCCGGCGCCCUCUCAUGCCUCAUAUGCCUUGAACGAAUCCGCCCUUCCGAUCCCACCUGGUCCUGCGGUUCCCUCUGCUUCGACGUCUUCCACCUCCUCUGCAUCCAAUCGUGGGCUCGCCAGGCGUCCGAUCUCGCCGCCUUGCGAGCCUCCACUCGCCUCCCGAUCACCUCGCAGAAGGCCGACGAGACGGCGAUCUGGAAUUGCCCCAAAUGCAGGUCAGCGUAUUCCAAAUCUCAAAUCCCUAGGACUUACUUCUGCUUCUGUGGCAAGCUCGAGAGUCCUCCGAAUGAUAAUCCCUGGAUUUUGCCGCAUUCGUGCGGCGAGGUCUGUAACCGUCCAUUGAAGAACAAUUGCGGCCAUUUCUGCUUGUUGUUGUGUCACCCGGGGCCGUGCCCUCCGUGUCCUAAACUGGUUAAGGCGUCGUGUUAUUGCGGCAAGAUUGAAGAUGUUCGGCGGUGUGGGUAUAAAGUGUAUUCGUGCAACAGUCGAUGCAAUAAGCUGUUGGGUUGCAAGAGCCACAAAUGUAGAGAGAUUUGCCAUGAUGGAGAGUGUCCCCCUUGUCAUGAACGCGGGGUUUAUCGAUGCCUGUGUGGGAAGAAAGAAGAGGCGAAGGAAUGUUGUGAGAGGGAUUUCAGAUGUGAGAUUCCGUGCAAUAAACCAUUGAGCUGUGGGAAGCAUUUGUGCGAGAAAGGGUGUCACUCUCCGGAAGGGUGUGGUGGAUGUCCGCUGCAAGGGAAGAGGACGUGCCCUUGUGGGAAGAGGGUUCAUGAAGGAAUGGCGUGUGAUGUUGCAGUGCCGCUAUGUGGAGAUACUUGUGGUAAAAUGUUGACCUGUGGGUUCCAUAAGUGUCAUGAAAGGUGCCACCGAGGGCAGUGUGCUGAGACCUGCAGAAUGGUUGUCUUCAAGUCAUGCCGUUGUGGAAGCUUGAAGAAAGAGAUUCCUUGCUAUCAAGAUUUAGCAUGUGAGAGAAAGUGCCAGAUAGCGAGAGAUUGUGGACGCCAUGCUUGUAGACGUCGUUGUUGUGAUGGGGAUUGCCCGCCUUGUGGAGAGGUUUGUGGGAAGAGACUAAGGUGCAAGAAUCACAAAUGCCCUUCCCCCUGUCAUAGAGGUCCCUGUGCUCCCUGCCCUGUGAUGGUUCCAAUAUCAUGUGCUUGUGGUCAUACACGAUUUGAGGUUCCUUGUGGAACAGAGAAGGACCAAAAGCCUCCUAAAUGUCGAAAAUUAUGUGAAAUUCCUCCUUUGUGCAGGCAUGGGACAUACGUCAAGCCACACAAAUGUCAUUAUGGUGCUUGCCCACCUUGUCGGUUAAUUUGUGAAGAAGAGUACCCAUGUGGACAUAAGUGCCAAUUAAGAUGCCAUGGUCCCAUGCCCCCUCCCAAACCUGAAUUCAUGUUCAAACCAACAAAGAAAAGGCCUAUUCAUCAGAGCGAGUCUACCCCGGGGUCUCCUUGCCCUCCUUGCCCCGAACUUGUUUGGAGAUCAUGUGUUGGCCAGCACUAUGCUGCAGAGAGAAUGAUGGUCUGCUCGAACAAAACCAUGUUUUCUUGUGAAAAUCUCUGUGGGAAUCCUCUUCCUUGCGGCAAUCACCAUUGUACAAAGACGUGCCACGCUCUGAAGUUCAAUACCUCAAAUCGGUUGGGCCAAAUUGGUAAAAGUGACUCGUGUGAAAAGUGUAAUCUUCCUUGUGAAAAGGAGAGGAAGCCUGGGUGUACACAUCCUUGCUCUUUGCGGUGUCAUCCUGAUGAUUGUCCACCUUGCAAGGCGCUUGUGAAACGGUCUUGCCACUGUGGCUCUAUGGUCCAUGCUUUUGACUGCAUUUACUACAACAGCUUGUCAAAAAAGGAGCAAAUUUCUGCUCGUUCUUGUGGUGGGCCCUGCCAUCGGAAGUUGCCUAACUGCACACAUUUAUGCCCAGAGACAUGUCAUCCAGGUGAAUGUCCAUCACCUGACAAGUGCAGCAAAAAGGUUACUGUUCGCUGUCGGUGUCAAACUUUGAAAAAGGAGUGGCUUUGUAAAGAUGUUCAGGAAGCCCAUCGCACAGCUGGUUCUGAUCCCAAAGAUGUGUCUAAAAAUCACUUUGGACUCGGACUUCUACCUUGUAAUUCAGAUUGCAAGGCUAAAAUUCAAGUUGUGGACCAGGAACUGCAUUUGCGUACAUCAAAGGAUGCUGAGGAGAAAGACAGCACUACUGAAGCACAGCUUUCUAGACGUAAAAAACGACGUCAACGGUUACAAGAAGCAAAACAGUUAUCCACACUCCAGAAAAUUCUCCCCGCCGUGAAGAAGCUCCUUCUAGUUGUCAUCCUCGUGGGUACUCUGGUAGCUGCAUCAUACUAUGGUUACAAGGGUCUGAUGUGGCUCUCGGAUUACAUGAACGAAGUGGAAGAGCAAAGACACAGUAGCAAAAGAAGAUAUCCCAGAAUCUAG